AUGUUGUGGCCCAAGUUAGUUUGCUUUGCGUUGGUCGGUCUGGCUUUUGGCCAACUUGACCAGGUGGCCAGCGAGGAAAUUAUCUCGUCUUGCCCCACCAACUUCACCCAAGUGGGCGAGAAGUGCCUUCUGGUGGACACGAAAUGGAAGACCUUCUACGAGUCGGAUCGCCACUGCCGAUCCCUGAAUGCCGGACUCCUCAGCAUCGAGAAUCCCACGGUGUUGAAUGCCAUCAACGACUGGCUUCCAAUUGAUUUUCCCUUACAAACGGAGUUCUGGACAGCCGGCAACAAGCUGGGCGAGACCAGAGGCAACUACUUCUGGCAGAGCACCGGAGUGGAAGCCACAUAUCUCCCCUGGAAGGAGGGUCAGCCCACUCCCGCCAGUGGAGAUUGCCUCAGCUUGCUGGCAACCGUGAACAUGACCGCCGAAGGAACGACUUUGAGUGCCCAUCGCCUGUCCGUGAAGAACUGCACCCAAUGGGCUGGCCACAUCUGCCAGGCUCCCCUGCAAGUCUUCAAGACCCAGCUGUGUCUCAACCCCGGAUCUUUCUUUGAGGCAAAGAUUCCAGUAUAAGUCAAUAAAAAGAUGUAUAAAUUGCUACGUUUCAUUGAAUGGUUAUAAUCAACUAAUCUAAGAACACGAGGAACAAAUAAACCCUCAUAAACAAUGUAA